AUGGCCUCGGGAUGCGAUGAAUCUGCAUUUUCCACGAAUCUCCAAGGCGAUGCCAAUAUCGCCAAUUCACAAACUACCCGCUUACAUGUCCAUCGAGAGGACGUAGACAUCAAAUAUCACAUUUACGGGAAGAGGUGCAGAGUGACACCGCAAACACCCAACACUGCUGGACCAAGAAUAGAGCACCGGGAACUUCGGGGCGGGGCUUGUGGGAGGGGCUUAAAUCUCAGGGUCCUGCUUUGGCGUGGCGCUGAGAGGGGUGAACCUUCAUUGGUCUUCAGCUUUACAUCCGAGGUCAACUUGACCCGGGAAGCGGGAAGCAAGACCAACGCGGCACACUUGGUCUGCCCCCUAGAGGCCCGUAAAGGACUUCCCCGCAAGAACCUACCAGCCACAGCAGCUGCCAUUGGGCGGCCGGAUACCCCACCUCCUGGGCGGAGCCUCGAGGGGGCGGAGCUUAACCUGCGGCGUCAGCCGGGGGCGGCGCCCGGCCUGGAAGACACGGAGGGAGCCCCGGCCGCUGACGCGCUCACCUCGGUGCUGGUCCUGGCCACAGGCUCUGCCCUGCAGCUGACCCUGGACGACGUCGACCUGCUGCUGGAGCCCUCACCGUCGUCCGUCCUGGAAGUGUCCCUCGACGGGCACACCCUCCUCCUGGUUCCCGAGGUCCUCCUGGGUCCUGUCGACCAACGCUCAGAAGAACACAGCGACCCGCCUGUCCACCUGGACCCGGCCGCUUUCCUGGACGCUCCCGCUGAGGACGUCGUUGUCGUCGUCGAGCACGGAUCCUUCGGCGCAUCUGUCCCAGAGUUCGCCGCCCCACAGGACGCCGAGAUCCACGCGCCCUGGAUGGACGCUGCAGCAGGUCUGGCCGCUGGGCUCCUCCCCUCUAGCCCGUCCAUCCUGGAGCUCCAGGGCUCCAUCCUGGAGCUCGAACUUCUGGCUCCCACUCCGAGUCCAGAGAGACGCUCUCCUCGCUCCAUCUUCGACCAGGACAUGCACCUUCUGAGGCCCUUCCCUAGCUCCCCUCUCCAGCCUCUGCCUCCCUCUCCGAGUCCAGGUCCCCAGGAGCGCCCAAAGCGCCCUCCUCGCUCUCCGUGCAAGGCCCGGAGACGCCUGUUCUGGGAAUGAACUGCCUCCCGCAGUCCCUGCCAGAGGAUAUUCUGACAGCUGUUGUGUGUGCAUUACACAACCCGGAAUCGCCAAGCUUGGACUACAGAGAAAUGCUUUCUUUUCCACUGGUUGCCCAACCUAGCCUCGAACUCCCGAUCCUACUGCCUCAGCCUCCAGAAAAGCUGAGAUUACCGGCCCA